AUGAAACUACCCUUCUCGUACAUCCUCAACCUCCUGCUCACCCUCCUCACCACCAACCCCCACUUCCCGAAUCCAAACCCCUGCACCGGCGACUGCUGGACGCACGAGCCGGGCCUCAUCAGCCGCCCCAGCGACAACCAAUACUUCCGCUUCGCCACGGGCUCGGGAAUCCACAUCCACAGCGCACCCUCCCUCUCGGGCCCCUGGAAGUCCGUCGGAGAAGCCCUCUCCAACGGCUCCGUAAUCGACCAUCAAGGACGAAGGAACCUCUGGGCUCCGGACGUGCACUAUGACACCUCAACCAAUAUGUACCAUAUGUACUAUACCGUCUCAACAAUUGGGUCACGCGAUAGCGUGAUAGGCCUUGCCUCCUCGCCUGACAUGGCGCCCGAGAGCUGGACGGACCACGGCGCGGUGUUUCGGUCCACGAAUAACGAUCGCUAUAACGCUGUCGAUUCGAACUGGGUCCGGAUUCACGGCAAGCCAUAUCUCAAUUUCGGGUCUUCUUGGGAUGGGCUGUUCCAGGUGCCGUUAUCGCUGUCAUUGAUGAAGGAUCUUAAAGAGGGGACGGGAGGACUCGCUACGCACGCUGUUCAGGAUGCACUGAGUCAUCUGGCGUCCAAUGCAACGGGCCACCACCGUAUCGAAGCACCGUUUCUAUUUCAGCAUCGAAGGUGGUAUUACCUUCUCCUCUCGUCGGGCCGGGCAGAUGCCUCUGAGAAGAAUCUGCCGGCACAGGGAGAGGAAAACAGGAUUAUGGUAUGUCGGUCGAAGAAUGGAAGGGGCGAGUUUGUGGAUAAAGACGGGAAAUCCUGCCGUGAGAGUGGAGGUACGACUUUACUCGCGUCUCACGAUGCUAUCUUUGGCCCUGGAGGUCAGGGGGUUAUUGAGGAUAAAGAGUACGGCCUGGUACUCUAUUAUCAUUAUGCGGAUAGGAGCCUUGGUCUGUCGACUGAGCAGUAUCGGUUUGGGUGGAAUGUCCUGCGGUGGGAGGACGAUUGGCCAGUGGUGUGA